AUGUUUGGCGGGGCUGUUGGCUCUAGGAGCUUUCCGGCAUCAGCUGGAGGACAGCUGCAAGGUGCCAGAGGUGGCGCAAUUACCACUGGCCGCCAUCAGGGAGGUCAACUAAAUCAACUACAUCAUGGCAGUUCUUUCGGAAUUAUACCUCCAGUGAAUCCGAGUAGUCACAUUGGCACUCUCGGAGGUGGUUCCUCAACAUCUUCGACGUCAAUGGAGGUAGACCCAUACCCUCCAGAUCAACAAGGGCGCUCCUCCGUAUUUCGCGGCGUCGAUAUUUACGGCUCGGUAUAAUUAUAAUGACAAUGUUCACUAUUCGUAUUCUCUUCGGUUCUUGUCUCCUUGGGAAUGGAGUUCUGAAGAAAUGAAGAGAAGACGAAAUGAAUUGUCUUGAGCUCCUCUCCUAAGAUCUUACUGCGGUUGAGCGUGGGCGUCGCAGUCGAGGCGGCAGGCUACAAAUCGGCGGGGCCCGUGCCUCGACAUCUCGGUCUCCUGAUGUAGUGGGGCAACGGCAAUGCGUUGGACCUCCAGGUGGCACAUCCUCUUCUUCUUGCUCAGUUGGUGGCCUUAAUGGAACUAGUGGCAUAAGUGGUGGCCUUGGAGGAGGAGGUGCGCCGCUGUUUGCGACAAGAGGGCAGCCAAGUGCAUCGCCAGGAAGUGUUGGAGGAGGUGGAAGAAGUAGCAGCGUCUCUGGAGGUGGGCCUGGUAGUGGAAAUGGACAUGGUGGAGCUUCAUCCAACGGCGAUAGCGUUUCCCUACCGCCCUUGCCGUCUUCACAGCAGCUAGCGCGGGAACUCGAGACUGCAGCUCAGGAAUUGCGGGCACGAGGACUGUAUCGAGCAACACAAUGGGCGGCGGAGUUGCUGGUUGGUCUAGAUGACGCAGCAAUAAAUGCUGAAGACGAGCAGGCUGGAGUUGGAGACGGAGAACCAACGUCGCUUUGUGGCAAUGAAGACGGUCCCUCGGCAUCAGUCAGAAAUGGGAAGACUCAUGCCCGCAUCAACAUCCAAAAGACGAAGAUUUCCGCCGCUGCACGUCGGAUUGUCACCGCCGCAAAAAGCCACUUCGACCUCAGACAGUACAUGCGAGCACACGCACUGCUAUGCAAGGUGCCGGAGAACGCACUUGGGCCUGUAGGGCUGUUCUUGAAGUGGUACAGUUUGUAUCUAAUUGGAGAAAGCCACAAAGAACAGGAGAGCAACGAAGCCGACGCACUUCAACGACCACAGGUGCGUAACCGCGAACUAAAGAAAAUGGAAAGACACUUGUCGGAUUUGAAGUUACGCUCAGGCUCCGUGUAGUUGUAAUGUUGCAUGUUGUCAGAAUAGUCAUUCAAUAAAGGGCCUCUUCCUCUUAUUUGGACAGGAGUCCGUUCUUUGUUGCAAUUACCUUAGUGCAACUCGUGGCCAUGCAAUGGGUGGCGCAAAGUGUAGCUGAGUUGACACUUCUUCUUCUAACAUUUCGCCAAAUGCUUCUCGAUGCGCACGGGUUGUACCUCCUAGGCGUCGUCCUCAAGGGUCUAGACCGCAUGUUGGAAGCCAGAGAUGCGUUUGGGGAAAGUCUACGCUUGUUUCCCUGGAAUUGGAGUGCGUGGCUGGACUACCUCGCAAUUGUCUUAGACCAUCCCCGAGUGCCGAAUAGUGAUUAUGCUUCGUCAGUCAUCUACUUGUAGUUGUUGCAUUUAAUUAGGGGGUGUGGCAUCUCGUCAUUAGUUGUUUUGGAACCGGAAUUCAUCAAUUCGUACUGGGAGAGGGAAGCGUGACCGUUUAGGUUUGCGCUCUUUCGUUGACACUGACUACUUGACAGGGACAAACAAAACGUUACGUCCUUCUUCUAAUCUCCACCCGAAGACUGCUGGACGCGCCUCUUUUUUAGAGCAGCGGCAUGCUUAGAGCUGCAGCAAAACGACGAAGCUCUUACCCUUUACCAUCAUUUGCAGACCCGGUUUCCGAGUUCGACGUAUAUUCUUGCGCAAAUCGGUGUCGUGGAGUAUAACCGGAAAGACGAUGGAGAAUCCCUAGCGACUUUUCACCGGAUGCGAACCCUCGAUCCUCACAAACUGGAAUCUCUGGACACGUAUUCCAAUAUCCUGUACGUCCAAGACAACGCGCCAGCGCUGGGACAUUUGGCGAAACUUAUGGCAGGGCCAGGAGUGGUUAUUCUUGUCUUAUCGAUUUUUCCUGUUCUAAAUCUUUAAUCCUAUGAAGAUCUUCUACUUUAUAACUUUUCUACUUAAGUACUUACCUUGUUCUAUUUUCUCAUCUGCUCGUCUGAGCGAGCGAAUAUCGCUCAUGUCCUCGCUCCCUAUGCGUAUGGUGCCUACCGUUUCUAAUGCAAAACCGGCCCGAUGCGAUAACUAUAUUACGCCAGAAGCGUGGCGCACCGUCGGAGGCUAUUUCUCUCGCAAAGGCGAAAACGAGAAAGCUGCUAGGUACUUACCCCGUAGUAGUGCUUCCUUGUCGGCAAGUCUGAGUCUGUCUGUAGCUUCAAGAACAUACUGCACGUUACAAGAACUAUUGCAUAUUACACAUUACAUGAUUGACAUGCUUGAAAGUAACCGACUUACUGGCUGAGGUAAGCUUAUUUUCGGUAGUUACUCGCUUACUUCAGUUUAUGGAUUGGGAAGUAGAAUCUUGGUAAAUAUACUAGACUACGUCAACCUUAACACAGAGAAAGCCACAGGCUUUCAAGCGGCUCCCUCGUCAGCAAGGACGGCCGCGGCUUUCGAACAGACAUCGACAUGCCGGCAACAUCUGCGGCGGCGUCCUCGCGGGCGCCUUGUGAGGGGACGAAGAGACGAAGGGUCGCACCCUCUGCCUGUGCUCCUUCUACUACUACUACUACUACUACUGCGCCUUUCUCUUGGUUGUCCACUUCUAACGCCGACGGGCCUCUGACUCAGGAGGCGCAAGGCAGAAAAGACGCUACAGCGAAGAGUCUACCACAAACGCACGCAGCUGCUGCUGGGAUGACAGUGCCCACGGGUCUGGCAAAAAUGAGGCGGCUGGCACGGAGAAAAAGGGAGCGAACCUUAGCGGAACAGUUAGGGCCCUCUCUUCGUGGAAGCAUGUUACUCUUAGAGUCAUUGCGUUACCAUGUUAUUCGUAGAGUCAUUCCGUCUUGUUGUCCUUGUCUGUUCUUGUCCUACCUUGUCUGUUCUGUGUACGUCGUGACCCCUCUAAUUCUUAGACGAUACGCGCGGGCCAUUGCCCUCAAAUUCUUAGAGGACAAAGUCGCAACAGUGCGGAAAGAGUUGGCGCUGGUGCAAGCGGCGCGCCGCAGGUUGCAGAAAAAAGCAGCGCGGAGCGCACCAAGAAAGCCACCCCGGCCGAGGCAAAAAGGCUUGUGGAAAACUGAGCGCGCCGUUCAGGUCAAGCCGUUCCCGGUCGACAGGCGUGGGCAAUGGACGACCGGGCUCAAGACCUGGGCCGCUUUAAUUCACUGCGGUGCCAAUCACUACCGACGCCGCCACGGACUUCCUGAAUUCAAAUUGUCCAAGACGGACGCCUUAACGCCCGCAGACAUCUCGCGCGUGCAGCAGAACGACUGGCUCGAUUUUUCUGAGCUCGAGUCGAAAGCUGUCGGCAAUGUUUACGGCGUGGAGUAACCUCGUAGGCAUGGGCCCAAGGGGCCACCGCACUCCCUGGACUCAUCUAACUUGACUACAACGCUUGGGGCUUUCUUUAACUCAAAUCCCGGGUGUAUCUGACUCUCCUCGGGGUCUCUCGUUAUAUAUCUAGCGCUAGGAGUCUAACGACCGCGCAGCCUUUGACUUGUGGGCUUCAUGUAGUUAGGCUGUAGCUUCUUGAGGCUUCUUGUUAUGCACUGGCUUAGUCUUAGGCUGUGGCUUCUUUCGGCUUCUUGUUGUGCACUGGCUUCGUCUCCUCUUUAUCGCUAACCAUUGUGGUGCUCGCAUGCUGGUGCAUUUGAAGGAAAUACGGGCCAAGAGAUUGUCCGACACAUUGCAGAGGGGCCGGCGUCUAGAUCGGAAACGGAUCUCGUCAAGUUCAAGCAUAGCCUCUUCCUCACACGUUUCGAGGAUGAAGAGUACGAGAGCGGUGCCGUCCGUGCAAAGGUGUGGGAAAUCUCACGCAAAGCGUUUGCGCGGUCGACAAACUUCCGACGUGCCACAUUUCCCGUGCGAAUUUGUGGCAAACCGAAGCGAAACCUGCGGGCGGCGCUGCAGGUCUUGCGGCGCUUAAAGGUUCCAGAAAAGUACACCGCGACCAAGUUGGGCACGUGCGUAGAAAAACUGAUCUUAUGCCAGGUCGUCUGUGUCGUGCUGUUCUAAUUGCCACGACGGCGAUCGCCUUCGACUAUCAUCGGUCCAGUAGUUAGCUGCUAUGCUUGGCGCUUUCUUAUCUCGGUCUUUCUCUCUAGGAGUUGGCUUUCCGCUCCACCUCUAGGCCUUACUGGCUUUGUGCCUUCAUUUGUGUGCUUUUUCUGGGACUACCCGCCUGACUGUAUCUAUACAAUCUUAAAGGAGAUAACCGCUCGACCGCUCUGCAUAACUCUGGCGGGCUCUAACACUCGGCAACGUGAGCCUCCGAUCGUAUUACUUUACGCGCCAUAUGCUCUGGGCAAUCUUACACGCCCGAGAACAAGCAGCAAAGGAGAAGGGCCAACCUGUGCGCUUUCGCAUGCGGAGAGAAGGACUCCCGACGAGUACGCAGCCGACGGGUCCGGCCUGUGAAAUGGUCAAACUGCUGGGAUUGCCGAGGAAUCCGCAAACGCUGGACGCCUUACUCCUGCCAUAUGUUACGGCUUUUCCGCACUAGUAUGCCCUUAGCGUCUUUCCAAGUAUCUAUGCAGUGGCAUUCUCGGGCAGUACUCUCCUGAGCUUAGUACCCGUGCCACCUUCCUGCAUACUUGUCAGAUGGCGCGCAUGCCUCUAAUGUUGUACCUCGAGAAACUCGGGACGGCUUGCGGAUGACGACCUUCAAGCGGUUCACGAAAACGGAAAAGCAAACCGAAAAGCAGGCCAGUCGUGGCGCCGACGGGGCUCACCACUGUAGUGGUGCCGAACAGGCUGGCGAGAAAACUGACGAGCAGAGCAGUGCUGGCGCAGGAGGUCACAAACGUAGCGGCGCCAAACCUGCUGCGUCCAACGGCUUGGGCGGCUUUCUUGCUAGUGAGCUAGGGACAGGAAACCGACAGGCACAGACCAACGGCCAAAAUAGAGGACGAGGAAAGAACAGCGGCAACGCGGUGACUGUCGAGCCAGCUGGGACCGUCCAAGUGCGAGUGACGCAAGACUUGGGGAGUUCGUGCUUGCUUUGUCACGCUGGUAACGUGUGGCGGCGGCAGCGUGAAAGCGCCAGGCGGAACAACUUACCGCCCCCUGCGCUUGUCCUCGUGGUUCCCGACUUGGUGGCCCCCAACAACAGCAACAACAACGACGGGCGACGCCUGUAAUGGUCGAGGUGUAGCAUCCGUGUAGUCUGCGGCUGUGCGGUAUUGUCUUUGACGUGUGGCACACACGCCUUGGGUUUGACUGUUUGCAAAUGACUCACCAUCCCUGUGACAAUGGGUGAAUGACUCGCCACCUCUUUGAAAAUACGCUACCACGUAUACGCGAAGUAAAAGCAUGAAAUUGAAGCACAUCCCCCCACGAAUGCCGUGAAUAUAUAUAGGGCUAGCAUGUAGCAGGCAACUACCACGACGCUGAUACAUAGUUUAACUAGGAAACGAAUGAUAGGAUGAAGACGAGUGAUAGUCUAGCUAGGAAAGAUAGCGUAGCUAGGAAACGAGUGAUUGAUAGGAUGAAAACGAAGGAUCGUCUAGCUGGGAAACGAGUGCUAGGAUGGAGACGAGUGAUAGUCUAGCUAGGAAAGAUAGCGUAGCUAGGAAACGAGUGAUAGGAUGAAGGCGAAUGAUAGUCUAGCUAAGAAAGAUAGCGUAGCUAGGAAACGAGUGAUAUGAUGAAGACGAAUGGUAGUCUAGCUAGGACAGAUAGUGUAGCUAGGAAACGGGUGAUAGGAUGGAAACGAGUGAUAGUCUAGUUAGGAAACGAACGGCCGCGACGAGUUAUAGGAUGAAAGUACGCGAUUAGAACAAGGAAACAAACGCCACAGCUUCCAGGAGCAGGCUCCUACCAAAACGUUGAUAGCUAGCAGAGAUGGGAUGAAAGUACUCGACUAAAACUACGAAUAGUCAGACUCCUUCCAGUAGCAGGCUACUGCCAGAACGAUGAUAGUUAGUAAUGAUAGGACGAAAGCAAAGCACGCGACUAGAGCAAGAAAUGAAACGUCACAGAUUCCAGGAGCAGGCCACUGCCACAACGUUGAUAGUUAGCAAUGAUGGGAUGAAGGUGCGCGACGGACUAGAGCUGCUCUGAGCAAGUAAAUGCCAUAGCCUCCAGUAGCAGGCUACUGCCAAGACGUUGAUAGCUGGGAACCUUAACGGGGUGGGAGUUCAGAGAGACUCCAAAAAAUCAACACUCACCGACUAGGUAAGUUAAAUAGUCUUAACUGGCCCGCCUUUCAGCGGUUCCAGCAGGAAGAACGAGCGAGGCAUGAGAAUUGCUUGGCCCCGUAUGAGAUAGGCCUUGGGCAAGCCUAGAACGAGAGCAAGCAAGAAGGUCAAAACCGGAACGCGCUCCCAAUGGUCUGGCUCUUGACCUUGGUGAGCUUCUAGGCGUGGCCUUCGUCGUCCAUUCUCGGUUUUAACUAUAUUAGGUCACAAGGGCCAGGAGCAUAAGAGUUCAGAUAUCAUUUGGUCGUGGAUUGAGUUGCAUUGGAAGUUCUUGAGCUUUCGACAUGGCGGCUAUUGCUUCUUCGUCUUCGUCUUUAGUAGCAACAGCAAAGCCCAGAAGGACAAGGCUGGCGACUACUGCUACGCUCGCACUAGUACCGAGUUAGUGCUUUUUUUCUUCCUCCUCGUUGGGCGUCUAGUAGUUUUAGCAGCAGCAGAAGCGGGACGCACACUCCUCCCUCUUCAUCUUCGGCGCGCAUCUUGUCUUCAUCCAGUAGAACCAGCACACGAGCAGGCGCCCACCGUCCCGGCUCCUACAAAACAACAGCAUCGGAGGCAGCUUUCUUACACGCCGCGAGGUGCAAUUGCUGCUACACUAAUCCCCAUCCCCAAGACAAGGGGCUGCAGGGAUAGCCAGGGCAAUUACAGCCGCUCGGGUAGUUUAACCCUAACAAGACGAUCCAGCACGUCCUUCAGUACGAGGCUGGGGCGUUUUUGACCGCGGUCAUUUUAGCCUGACGGCAAGUUCAUCAUAGCGGUCGAC